GGGAAGAGAGCACAAAGAGAGAAGGGAAGGGAAAAAAGACAGGGAAGGAGGAGGUCUGCGUAAACCCCGCCUCCGGUCUCGGAUCCUCUCGCAAUCCUUAUUCACAGCCUCUCACGUUGACGACAGAGAGAGAAAGGGGAGAAACAAGAAGAAGGGCAUACGAAGAAGAAGAAAAAGAAGGGGCGCAGCGAAACGACCAUGGCAAUAACCAAAACGUCUCAGCUUGAGAUAGUGUCCGAUCACAGCGCACCUCUUCCACCGUCGACCCCCGCACGGAGCAUGCAGGCGCACAAUAGAACAGAGUCUAGAUGAAUGAGGAGCUAUACCUGGGCCGUGGACAAAAUGAGGGUCAUCUUCAUCCAAAACGCCGGUUUCGUCGCAGCUUUCUCGCCUUUUAGAUGUGAGUCGGUGAUGUUGGCAGCGUUUAGGACGACGUUUAAGGUGAACGAGCCAGAAUUAACCACAGCCAGACUAUGCCAGACCAUUAAUGAGUGAGGAGAUCGAUUUAAUUUAGUCUUUUUUUUCUUUUAUUUGGAUAGAGCUUGCACAGUUAUUAUUGCCAGUAUAUCAUCUUUAAAUCGAAAGUGUGUUCAGCAUUCGGCACGCUGCCUGCUGUCGACGUCUGAAUACAUAUUUUAUUACGAAAUUGGCACUAGAAUUAAUACUAUCCGGUGAUAUAGUACCAUGUAUCAGGUAAUUAUGGACCGAUAAUGUCCUUUUAGACUUUGUUGUGAUUAAACCGUAGUAGAUUGAUUAUAUAGCGAUAAUAACAUGAAUAGGUAGGAGGAGAAAUCUCUGUCUGCUUUGAUCAAAGCCAACUGAUCAACCAAGACAAUCUGGAAAUGUUAGUUUCCACUUGUAAUAAUGUGACUAGUAGGCUACGCGUAAUUCCGUGUAAUUUAUUUAUUUAUUAUUACUAUUAUUAGACCUAUAAGUAUUGUAUGAUAUUAUCAAUUUGUUUUGGUAGUUUGAAAUAAUUAACAGCGGGAAGGUUGUUUAAAACCACUUCCCCAGUGAGAUGGAAACCGCUUAUUUAUCGCCCCACCGGGGGGCAACCCGUCCCGAGGCCCAGAAAGUCCAAACCUCAGCGGGCAAACCGGCUGGGGGUGACCUCUCCCCUCCACCUCCAGCUCCACCCCUGCAUGCCGGCAGCUCACCCGAAGAGACCCCGGCAAGCAGUGAUGGACGGAGAAACUCGGGCGUGAAGAAACACCACCACAAGCAUAACCUGAAGCACCGCUACGAGCUGCUGGAGACGCUUGGAAGGGGAACCUAUGGGAAAGUCAAGAAGGCCAUCGAGCGGCACUCCGGCCGAGAGGUGGCUAUCAAGUCGAUUCGGAAGGAGAAGAUCAAGGAUGAGCAGGACAUGGUUCACAUUCGCAGAGAGAUUGAGAUCAUGUCAUCCCUCCGCCACCCACACAUCAUUUCUAUAUAUGAAGUGUUUGAGAACAAGGACAAGAUCGUGAUCGUGAUGGAGUACGCCAGCAAGGGCGAGCUGUAUGACUAUAUCAGCGAGCGCCGGCGGCUGAGUGAGCGGGAGACGCGACACUUCUUCAGGCAGAUAGUCUCUGCCGUACACCACUGCCACAAGAAUGGAGUGGUGCACAGGGAUCUGAAACUGGAAAAUGUGCUACUGGAUGAAAACUGUAAUAUUAAGAUUGCUGACUUUGGGCUGUCCAACCUCUACCAUAAGGACAAGCUGCUGCAAACCUUCUGUGGCAGCCCGCUUUACGCUUCACCAGAAAUAGUCAAUGGGAGACCGUACCGUGGGCCAGAGGUGGACAGCUGGGCUCUGGGGGUGCUGCUGUAUACCCUGGUCUAUGGGACCAUGCCAUUUGACGGGGGAGACCACAAGAACCUCAUUCGCCAGAUUAGCAAUGGCGAGUACAAAGAGCCUACUCAGUCCUCAGAUGCCCGUGGACUGAUUCGCUGGAUGCUAAUGGUGAACCCUGAGCGUCGUGCCACAGUGGAAGACAUAGCUAACCACUGGUGGGUAAACUGGGGCUGGAAAAACAGUGUGUGUGACUGCGAGACCCAACGUGACCACGGAGGCUCGCCCAUGCUCGCCCGCUUCAUCGACUGGCAGAACCGCACUGAGCCACGUGGUUCUGGAGCCAAAGCUGCAGCCAUGCCCCCACUGCUGCGUCAGAGGCCCAAGAAGUCCAAGAAGGAAAAUGUGGAGGCAGGACAGACCCACUGUGGAGCAGAGGACAAGCCUGGUCUGAAGAGACCUAAGGGGAUCCUGAAGACCAGGGUUGCUGAGGAGCAGCAUUCUGCCAGUCUGGAAGAGCCGGAGUUGGGCCAGGCAGCACUGCCUCAACAAACCGACGGUGGAGGGGAAGCCUCAUGCCCAGAUCGAGACGAAGAGGAGCCAACUCUGGGAGGAGGCUCACCAGCUAAGAUGGUGCCAUCUCUGCCCAAGAAAGGCAUCUUGAAGAACAACCAGCAGCGGGAGUCAGGGUACUACUCGUCACCAGAGCGCAGCGAGUCCUCUGAGCUUUUAGGGGGUGCCAGUAUGUCUCUGCUAGCCACCUCCCCACCAAAGAGAGUGAUGGGAAGAAAGGGAAUCUUGAAGCGAAAUGGCAAGUACUCCACCUAUAGUGGGCCUCCAUCAGCGGCAGUGGUGGCUGGAGUCCUUGGCGAGCCUCCUCCCUCGACUGACUCUGGUCUGUCCCGCAGUCAGAGUCGGCCCUCCAGCAUAGUUGGGGAGGACAGCUCAGUCCUGUCCCUGUCGCCCAGCUCCCUCAGUGGGGCUGAGUGGCAUUCCUCCACCCCCCACCUCCGCCCGAACAUCAGGGCCUGCGUCUCGGCUGAAAACCUGCUGCAGCUCGCCAACUUCAAGGGCUUUCAGACAGCCCCGCCUCACCAGGCACCCAAGUUCAGCCGAAGCCCCAAAACUAAAGGCUCCCCGGGGGACAAUGGCAGCUUCUCUUUGCUAGGGGACCUGGAGGACAUGACUCAGGUGUACCAGCAAGCCCUGGACAUCAGCAGCAACCUCACCUAACAGAUGGGUGGCAGAGAGAGAGGAAGUAGAGGGAGCUGUGUGUAUGUGUGUGUGUACAGAUGUCUUUGAGUGACAUUAACGACCAGUGUGUUACUGGGAUACACCUUUUGGGAAACUGUGGUUUUCUAAAUGGGGAUGAAAUCUUGAUGGAAAUGAUAUGUCUACGCAUACCCAUACACACAGAUGUACACACUUAGGUGCACUUCUCUGGCCAGAGGAAAUUUAGUUAGGGUUUUGUGAACAAGAGAGAGAAGGAGCUGGCACGAGAGAAUGCCACCCAGUCUGCUUUCUUGGCCCGCCCAGAGACUUUGCUGUGUUCAACAUGUUUACAUAUUCAGCAAGAAGGCAAGUUAGAAUCACAAACGCAGCAACCAGAAACUGGUUGGCUCUCGUUGUACACCGCCCAGUUUGAGUUUGAGUUUACAAAAGCACCUUAAAACUCACACAGAGCACAUGCUUUUGUGAUCUUUACUUCCUUUAAAAAAAAAAAGAAACAAACCAGGGUUUUGUUCCAAAAAUAACUGACUUUGUUGAUUAUUUAUUAAUAUUUUCGUAGCUUUUAGUUUUAAGUGCAGAACUGGUGGGUGCUGGCUGUUACUGGAAGAGUCCGAAGCUCCUUGUCUCCAACUCUGUGUGGAACUGACAUAUAUAAUUAUGUUUCUCAGCGAUGAGAAACAAAUAUAUACUCAGCAUAUAUAAGUAUGUCUGCGCUUGUAAAACACGCAGGCAAAUAUACCUUCAUAAAAGCGUAUGUCCUAUAUAUGUGUAUGAUACUAGGGAAUAUGUAGGAAGUGCCUUUUUUGAUUCAUAAGAAAAAUUAUGUAUGUCAUUUCCUUAAAGUGGAGGGAAAAGCCAGGCCAACCUGUCACCAGUUGUGCUAUUUUUUUGAUGUUUGUGAAUGUGGAAAGACCCAGGGCCUUCAGCACACAGCUGACUAUCUCUUGUAUCUCUUGUUUUGGAGUUCAAAGGUCAAACAGUUGAGAUCAAACAGUCUCGUCUCCCCUUGCCCCAUUUCCUUUGCACAAGUAGAAUCACACACAGACACACCGGCAUCUACAGACCGACUCAGAAAAGACCUCCUCUGUGUUCUUUGUCAGUGUUUUAGUCCAUAGUUUGGUUUGUCAGCACUUUAUGUGGCUUGGUUGAGCACAGAUUUGCUGGCAGCACCAAAGGUCUGGAGGGACUCACCUAGUGGGACAUUUAGUUAAGGGAGAUGCUGCAGACACCAUCUCACAGUCCUGGAAUGUGCCUGGCUCUCUUAACCUUGGUUGUUUCACGUUUUCGAGGCUACCUGAUAAAACAGGCUGUUUAGUGAGGGCUUCAGGGGAUUUUUUUUUUUCUUCUUGCCAAAGACACGUAAGGUUUCCAUUGUUGGACUAGUUAAUAUUUUACCCAAAACUCUUCAAAGAGUGACAGAAGGUGGUUUGUUUUAGCCUGCUGAUGACACAGCAAAUUCCUCAGACAAAGGCUGGAGACGUGUUGGAGCUAGAGAUCUCUAUCAGCCCCAGCCCGACUCAGCACAGGUGGGAUCUGCGGUCCCUGCUCAGCCCUCCAGCUGUGUAUACUGGUCCAUUAUGUCAACCAAGCACAAUUAGCCAGCUAUUGUUUUCAUAUGACAGUAAGAGAGAGGCAGCGUGUAGACGUUUUUAUAGCUAGAGGGAGAAGAAAAGAGUGUGAAAGAGUGAUGCAUGGAAAGGUGCUGAGAUUAGAGAGGCUUUCCUGUGGGAAAGGUCAAGGAGUUAGAUUUUUUUUUCUGAAGGAAUUGUAAUGUAGAGUAGCGAAAGUAAAGAAAGUGAGUAGAAAGAGUAGAUGGAAAGUUUUUGUUUAAUACCAAAGAUGUGAUGAAGCUUUGACAUGAAUCAGGGGAAUGGAUCAGCCAGGGAGUAAUGAGAUGAGAUCUUUUGAAUUUUCCUCUGACCGGGGAAUCCCCAUCAGUGAAUGAAAUCAUCCCCACAUUGGCUGUGCCUCACGUUUGUUUUAUUUUUCUUUUUGAGUUUUUACUUGAGAUGCCGAGGGCUGUUGAUACAGCUUGUCUUGAGGCUCGGUGUGUGACUUGUGUGUUCUGUAUGGCCUUAGAAAGUGUGUUCAGCAGCAGCAGUAGAACAUGGGAGAACGAUGACUGACAUCAUUCAAGAUAUCAGAUGAUGUGUAUGGAAAACCAUGCAGCAGAUGACCCCAAGGAAAUACAUCACAUGUUGAAUAUUUUCCCCUUGUGUGAAGGAAAGGUCCUGGGUAUGGAUUCAAAUGAAAGAGCCGCUGCGUAUUAUACUGCAUUUAAUUGCCUUUUGUAUUGCAUUUUAUUGUCAACUGGAUUUACAGUGAGAAAAUUAUACUAUGUUAGUAUUUUGUUUUAUUAUGCCUCUGUUUUUGAUUUUCCAAAAUAUAAGAAACUUUAUAUUGCUUUAUGUUAUGGCAGAAAAUACUUCCUUCCUUGAAGUAUUACAAUUUCUUUCCGGAAACAGACAAAAUUAAAAUUGGUGUCAUUUCAGUUUGCCUGUGUUUUGAUACACCAGUAACAACAUCCAAACGGUCAAAGCCGGCUCUUAUAAAUCAAUUGGAAUAGGGCGAAUUGCAUGAAUAUGUAGUAAUAUAUCAAUAGCCAAAGCUAAUAAAGCAGCAUUUCCACCUCUACCAUAGCAAGGGAGGUCAAAAAUGUUGGAACAACAACCAGAGCAAAAAGAAAGAAAGCAAUGGAAAGAAUGUGAUGAUAAAACUUUAACUCUGCCAAACUGGAAUAAGUGGUGCAUAUCUGUUAGUUAGCAGAAAGUCUAAUCAUAGGAAAACUUGACUGGAUAUUGUUAUGAUAAUAAUAAUAAUAAAUUAGUAUUAUUAUGUUAUUUAAGUAUUAUUUUUCGUAAUGGCUCAUUACUAUUGUUGGCUAUUGCCACAGGGUUUUUUGUUUUGUUUGUUGGUGAUCCUGGACUGCCAAGGUGGAUUAAGUUGUGUGCCUUUGGUAUCUUUGUUUAUUUUUUUUUUUUUUUUUUUUUUUUUUUUUUGGUUAAUGAAACUUAUUCUCAUCAAUGUGUUUUUAUACUUGUAUUUAUUGGUGAUCAAGCCAUUUAAUUCGUUGUCAAACAGUCCAUGUCCAUGCUUUGGCCUGCUUUGGACUGUGUGUAGUGUCCAGGAUGUACUGCACACAAAAACAGAAUUUGUUUCUUCAAAACAGAGUGGUAUCAUCUCAUUGUGAAAGGCAGUGGCCGAGUGUGCAUUUUUAAGAGUAACAAAUCAAUAAGAGCUCCUCAAAUCCUGUAAAAUGUCUUAAUUCAUCCAUUUGGGUGUAUUUCUACUCAACACAAUGCCUCUGUUGUACUGUAUCAACUCAAAUAAAUGGAUCUUGAAAGUUGCA